CACACUACUUCAUGGCCAUCGUCUUUAUGGUCUUCUUCUUCAUCCACUGCGGCUUCACCCUCUCCUCAGCUGACUACUUCAUCGUAGCCGGCGUCCUCUACGCCCUCUCCUGGUGCUACUCCCAGAUGAAGACCUACUUCGACCACGGCUUCCACAACCGCGCAACCAUCACCCGCCUCUCCCCACGCUGCCUGCGCGUCGACAUCCCCGUAGGACCCUUAACCCUCUGGCGCCCAGGCCAGCACAUGUUCCUCCGCUUCCUGACCCUGGGCACCCACCACGCCCUCACCGCCCACCCCUUUACCAUCUGCAGCCUGCCCGACCACGACCGCCUCGUCGGCGCCCCCCGCUCCGUCAUGACCUUCUACGUCAAGCCCCGCGGCGGGUUCACAGGCCGUCUGGCUGCCAUCGCUGCGGCGCGCGGUGCGGGCGGCGCCGUGGCCACGCUCCCUGUGCUGAUGGAGGGCGCGUAUGGGGGGCUGCACGGCAAGCCGCUGACGGCCUAUGACCGCGCCCUGGUCGUGGCCUGUGGCUCUGGGGCAGGGUUCUCGCUGCCCUUUGCUAUGGAGUGGAUCAGUGCUGCUGCUACUGCUGCUGCUGCGCGGGACUUUGCUGCUGCUGUUGGCGGCAGCGGCGGCGAGAAAGGGGUGAAGGAGGUGGUGGCGGCGCCCAAGGCGCCCAGGAAGAUGACCAUUGUCAUUGUUACGCGCGACACCAGGAUAUUGCAGUGGUACGAGGCGGCGCUCUCCGAGUUCCUCGAGUCCCAGAACCUGGAGAUGCCCGAGGGUGCUCUCGAGAUCAAGGUGUACCAGACCUCGGAGACCGACGACCCUGAGGAUACAGAGAGUGACGCCGAGGCCGGCAGGAGAACACCGCCCUCCUCGUCAGAGGACGACGAAAAGGUCGAGCCCCUGGCAUCAUCAUCAUCGACAUCCUCCUCCCAGAAGACACCAGCGACGAGCCUUGGCUUCAAGACUUUUACGGGACGACCCGACCUGGCGGCCGUCGUGCGAGAUUUUACCUUGGAGGAGACUGGGUCGGUGGGCAUGGCUGUCUGUGGACCGUCGUCGGUGCUGGCGGCCGUGCGGGACGAGGCUGCUGCGGCCGAGAUGAGGAUAUUGAAGUCGGGCCCUGGUGCCAAGGAGGUUUAUCUCUACUCGGAGAUGUUUGGUUGGUAAGGAAGCAAGGGCCAGACGAUGCAAGGCUGAGCCUGGAUCAAUCCUACGUAAUUAAUGAGAUCAUGAACUUAGAAGUG